UGGGACCAUAUAUUUUGGCAAUCAUCAUUCAUCACUUUUGUUUGAACUUGGAAUCCACUGAAAAAUCCCCAAAUCUAGCAGAGCAUCACUCUCUUUUCUCUUUCUUUAAUUCCAAACACUUGUUUGUUACUUGUUAGUGACAAUACCAUAAUCUUUAAACGAUACACGAAUAGCACAAGACACAAUAAAGCGAGUUAAAUAAUAAUGGCGUCCAGUGCUUAUAGAAAUGGCACUGCGAAAGGAGCACCGAAGCCUCUUUCUUCAAAUCUCAAAUCUUCUUCUUUUAAGUCCAGACACUCACAGGGAUCCGUCAUCCGCCGCAGCACUCCCGCUUCUUUCUCUCCCAACGCCGGAGACGAUGGAGUACCUGGAAGAGUUCGAGUCGCAGUAAGAUUGCGGCCACGAAAUGCAGAAGAGUUGAUGGCAGAUGCUGAUUUUGCUGAUUGUGUUGAAUUGCAGCCAGAGCUUAAGAGACUAAAAUUAAGAAAAAACAAUUGGGACGCCGACACUUAUGAGUUCGAUGAGGUGCUUACUGAAUUUGCAUCGCAGAAACGUGUCUAUGAAGUUGUUGCUAAGCCUGUUGUUGAGAGUGUUUUAGAUGGUUAUAAUGGGACUGUGAUGGCAUAUGGUCAGACCGGGACUGGGAAAACUUUUACUGUUGGACACCUGGGAGGCAAUGAUACAUCUGCCCGUGGGAUCAUGGUUCGAGCAAUGGAGGAUAUUCUAGCAGAUGUAUCUUUGGAUACAGAUUCAGUGUCGCUCUCAUAUUUGCAGCUUUAUAUGGAGACCAUCCAGGACCUUCUAGAUCCAGUUAAUGAUAAUAUCACCAUUCUGGAGGAUCCGAAAACUGGUGAUGUCUCGUUACCUGGGGCAACUCUUGUAGAAAUUAGGGACCAACAGAACUUUGUGGAGCUCCUAAGAUUAGGAGAAGCACACAGAGUUGCUGCUAAUACAAAAUUGAAUACUGAAUCUUCUCGCAGUCAUGCUAUUCUAAUGGUUCAUGUUAAGAGGUCUGUUGCAGGACGAGAAGAUGCUCUUUUAAAUGGAAUUGACGAUUCCUCUCACUUGGUAAAACCUGUGAGACCGCUUGUUCGGAAGAGCAAGCUCGUUCUGGUUGAUCUGGCAGGUUCAGAACGUGUUCAUAAGUCAGGAAGUGAGGGUCAUAUGCUAGAAGAAGCUAAAUCUAUCAAUCUCUCACUCAGUGCAUUAGGAAAGUGCAUAAACGCACUGGCAGAGAACAGCGCUCAUGUGCCAGUUCGUGAUUCAAAGCUUACUAGAUUGCUUAAAGAUUCAUUUGGAGGCACAGCAAGAACUUCGUUAAUUGUGACAAUUGGACCAUCACCACGCCAUCGAGGAGAGACUACAAGCACUAUAUUGUUUGGACAAAGGGCUAUGAAGGUAGAGAAUAUGUUAAAAAUAAAGGAAGAGUUUGAUUACAAAAGUUUAUCUCGCAAGCUUGAAAUACAAGUGGACAAGCUCAUUGCAGAAAAUGAAAGGCAACAGAAGGCUUUUGAUGAUGAAAUUGAAAAAAUAAAUCAAGAAGCAGAAAAUCGAAUUGCUGAGGUUGAGAGGAGCUUCGCUGAAGCCUUAGAGAAAGAGAGACUAAAGUGCCAGAUGGAAUAUAUGGAAUCAGUCAAGAAGCUAGAGGAAAAAAUGGUGGCUAAUCAGAGAAAGCAUGAUCGUGAUGGCCUUGCCAAUUGUAACAGAGAGGUGCCUAGUGCUUCUGCUUCUGACGAAAUUGCUGAUAUAAAAAGGUUGCUUCAAAAUGAAAUUCAGCUAAGAACGGCAGCUGAAGAGGAGGUCAACAAACUUAAGAGUCAGUUAGAGAAUUUUAUGCAGUCUAUGGCAGGUGGAGAUUCAGAGAUUGUAAAACUUCACAAGACUCUGGAGGAUGAGGCUCAUAAAAAAAAGAAGCUGGAAGAAGAAGUUAUGAUUCUACAAAGUCAGUUACUGCAAUUCACUCUUGAAUCUGAGCAGAAAAGAAGGGUUCUUGAUAGAGGUGGAUCUGGAAAUGCUAAUUCUGGUUUAGAUUCUUUCGUAUCUCAAGUUAGACAUCCCCAAUUCAAAGACUCUGUGAACGGACAAAAGGCACCAAUGUCUUCACUCUUUGAACAAGUUGGAUUACAGAAGAUUUUGUCAUUGCUGGAGUCUGAUGAUGCGACUGUACGAAUUCAUGCAGUAAAAGUGGUAGCUAACCUGGCAGCUGAAGAAGCAAAUCAGCAAAGAAUUGUUGAAGCUGGAGGUCUUACUUCCUUGUUAAUGCUUCUUAGAAGUUUUGAGGAUGAAACUGUUAGGAGAGUUGCAGCUGGUGCUAUUGCCAAUCUUGCAAUGAAUGAAGCUAAUCAAGAGCUUAUUAUGGCUCAAGGCGGGAUCAGUUUAUUAUCUAUGACUGCAGCUGAUGCUGAGGAUCCACAAACUCUUCGAAUGGUGGCUGGAGCUAUUGCAAAUCUUUGUGGAAAUGAUAAGUUACAAAUGCGGCUAAGGUCUGAAGGUGGGAUAAAAGCCUUGCUAGGAAUGGUGAGGUGUGGACAUCCUGAUGUUCUGUCACAGGUUGCACGUGGAAUUGCAAACUUUGCAAAGUGCGAGUCCCGAGCAUCCACACAAGGAAUAAAAGGUGGAAGAUCCCUUCUUAUUGAAGAUGGCGCACUUCCGUGGAUUGUACAAAAUGCUAAUGAUGAAUCUGCACCAAUCAGACGCCAUAUAGAGCUUGCUAUAUGCCACUUGGCACAGCAUGAAGUAAAUGCAAAGGACAUGAUCAGUGGAGGUGCGCUAUGGGAGCUAGUUCGUAUCUCACGGGACUGUUCCCGGGAGGACAUAAGGAGUCUUGCUCAUCGAACUUUGAAUGCGAGCCCUACAUUCAAGGCGGAAAUGAGGCGGUUACGGAUAGAGUGUUGAUUACAGGCCUAAUUUCAGGUAUAGACUAGGAAACUAGGCUCUCAUUCGAAGGAACUUCUCAUUGCGUUUCCAUACUUGAUUGGUCAUGCUAAAUGAGUAGCACAGUGUUUAAGUUGGAAAUGUGCGGCAUCUGAAGGAAUCAACGGCACAAUUGCAAUUUCAUGUAAAGAGGGGAGCUCUGAUUUUGAAAUCUGUAAUAUCUCAUAUCUAUGAGGAGCAUAGCGAUGUUCAUAUAUAUGGGGAGAGGGUUUUGUAGCUGGGCGAAUUGUUUGUAUUCCAUGUCACCAGGCUUGUAAAUUGAUUUGUAGAGGUUAAUUAAUAUGUUGAUUCUCUUUUAA